UCAGUUCCGAAGCUGCCUUGGGAGGACCAGGACCGGUUGGCUGGAGAGCUUUGCCGGGGCUGGCCGCAAGAUGACCGAGGCAGCUGCUGCGGGGGGGACGAUGCUGGUCCCCCUCUUCCAGGGCUGCGUCAAGCUCCUGGCGCUGCCCAUCUACGUGCUCGCCUUCCUGGGCUACUGGGAUCCUGUUUGUAAGAGAAUCUUUCCCUAUUUCAUAAGCAAGUUUAGCAAACGUUACAACCAAAAACUUCACAGGGAAAAGGAGCUGCUCUUCAGCAACCUGGAAGACUUCACCGGAUCCUCAGGCCAGCUCCUGUUGCUCGAGAUCGGCGCAGGCAGCGGGGCCAACUUUCAGUUCUACCCACCGGACUGUCAGGUAACGUGCACCGACCCUAACCCGAACUUCAAGCGAUAUCUCCGGCAGAGCAUGGCCGAGAACCAGCACCUCCAGUUCGAGCGCUUCGUAGUGGCCUCUGGGGAGGAUCUGCGCCAAGUGCCCGACGGCUCUGUGGACGUGGUGGUCUGCACGCUCGUGCUGUGCUCCGUGGCGAGUGUGCCCGCGGUCCUAAAGGAGGUCCUGAGAGUACUCAGGCGGGGUGGUGCAUUCUAUUUUAUAGAACACGUGGCUGCGGAUCGGUCCAGUUGGAGAUACUUUUGGCAGCAAGUCUAUGAUCCUACCUGGAAAUAUUUGGGAGAUGGUUGCUCCUUGAUAAGAGAAACUUGGAAGGAUCUGGAGAAUGGGAAGUUCUCUGAACUGAAGCUGCGGCACAUAGAUGCCCCCCUGAACUGGACCCCAACUCGUCCACAUAUUAUUGGUUAUGCUGUGAAAUGAUUGCUCAGUGUAUCUCUCAAAGAGCAGCGGCUAGCUGACAGUUCACACAAAUUAAGGUGUUGGGUUCUUCAAGGGAUUAAAGAAUGAUGUUUACAGACCA